ACGUAGUGAGAGGCAUGAGGCCUGCGGCGCGGCCCGGCGAGGGGAGCGCGGCUUCCGCGGCCGGAGCUGGCAGCGGUGCCGCGUAGGGAGCGGCCUGCAGGCCCCGCUGCCCCCCGCCGCCGGCCUCGCAGCUUGAUUGAGUGGGAUUAGCUAACAUAAGAGAUGUCAACUCCCCCUCUGGCUGGGGCAGGGAUGCCUCCUGGCGCUUUCUCGGGGGCACAAGCUCAAGCAGCUAGGGAGGUAAAUACAGCUUCUCUCUGUCGAAUUGGCCAAGAGACUGUUCAGGAUAUUGUGUUUCGAACCAUGGAAAUCUUCCAGUUGCUGAGGAAUAUGCAGUUACCGAAUGGUGUUACUUAUCAUACUGGGACAUACCAAGACAGACUGGGAAAGCUGCAGGAACAUCUCCGUCAACUAUCAAUACUCUUCAGAAAACUGAGAUUAGUCUAUGACAAAUGCAAUGAAAACUGUGCAGGGCUCGAUCCUGUUCCCAUAGAACAACUUAUUCCGUAUGUUGAAGAAGAUGGAUCCAAGCAUGAUGAUCGUGGUGCUGCUAGUCAGCUUCGUUUUGCUACAGAAGAGAGAAGGGAAAUCAUGGAAGUAAAUAAGAAACUGAAACAGAAGAAUCAGCAGCUGAAGCAGAUCAUGGAUCAGUUACGAAAUCUCAUUUGGGACAUAAAUGCCAUGUUGGCAAUGAGGAACUGAACAAGGAAACAACUUAAAAUCAAACUUCAUAAUUAGAAGAGAUGCUGAUAUUUUUCAGAUAUACUUGAUUUCUUUCUAAGAAGUAGCAUGUUUUCCCACAAUCAUGUUGCAGUAAUAUUUGAAAAGUUUUCAAUAUUAAAAUAUUGUUUUUUCUCUGUUAAUUUAAA